AUGUCCCAACCCAGACAAAUUUAUAGAGAAUUACAACAUAAAUCGAGUAUGUAUCAGCAGAGAUUUUCGACAGGAGGUGUUGCUCAGGAAGUUGGCUUAAUGGCUAACUUACCAAUCAUAAAUCUGCAGACUCAGCUUAACGCUGUACAAAACACCGUGCAAACGCAGCUUAACGCUAUGCAAAAUCAACUUAACGCUAUCCAAAAUCAGCUUAACACCAUGCAAAACACUAUGCGAACACAACUUAACACUAUGCAAACCGCUAUGCAAACGACCUUCGAUCGUUUUAAUGUCACGCAGCAAGCAUUAGACAUGCGAGGUUAUGCCAGGGCAUUAAAUUCACGCGUUAAUGAUCCCGCUGUGAUUAUUCGACCAAUACCAAAUUUGCAAAAUCAGAUGCCGGACACUUUUCCAAACAACAUCUCGCAACUUCAUGGAUUAAACAGGGCAUCUCUAAAUACACUCUUGAGUUUCUACGGUCUGCCCAGUAAUGGAACACUGGAAGACCGACGGCGGACUUUAGCAGAUUAUAUCGGAAUCCAACUUCUUUAG